GGUAAUAAAUGUAUGAUUAUAUCGAACACAUAUAACAUGAUACACGGUGUAAACAAAAGCUUGCAUGGGCUUCCGUCAUUAAGUAAAAGUAUAAUAGGGUCAACAAGUUCAAUAGAAAUAAAAAUGAUAUUAAAAAUGGAUGAUCGUGAUAAACAGUUAACUCUUGUGAUAUAUAAUCGAAAACAUUUAUUCUUAAGUAAUGAACACGAUAUUGGUGUACAAUGUUUUACCUACAAAGCGCACGGCAUAUCAAGAAAGGUUAAGAUUGUCAUUGUUUGGGAAAACGAAGAUCAGAGUCAUUCAAUUGGGAAAAUUUUCCUGGUUUCGAAUUAUUCUAGCGAAUAUUGGUGUGAAGGCCACAGUAUAUUUGAUUUCCACUUAGUUACCACUCAAAAAUUCGUAGUUCUUGGAAACCUUUGUCACGAUUUUGUUAUACGUUGGAAUGUCUCAUGUAUCCAUAAAAAUAAAUUAUUUGGUUUGUGUAACAUUUCACGCAUGGGUCCAACACAAAUGGUUAACAUUGUAUGUGAUCUUUUAGAAAAAAUAAAAACCAAAACUAUCUUUGAUAAAAUUAAGGUAAAACAAGUCAGAGUUAUGAACAUUGAGAGGAAACCAAAUGACUUUUUCGUGUAUCGGAUUCAUAUAAUUGUAAAUUGGGAAGCAAGAGAAGUAUAUACUAUUUCUCAUAAAAUCCAACAGACAGACCAAUCUGUUAAAAAUAAAUUAAAAAAAAAAUCAAAUUUGCAUAGGUAUAUUAUUACAAUAAUAAAAGCAUUAAAUACAUAUGUGAAUAAGAACUUCACUAUACGCCAUGCUGAGUACUGUUUUACAGAACGGGCUUUUCCGAACGCUGUCAUAAAAGCCAACUUGAUGAAUACGAGUUUUGGAGAAAUAGAAACAACAAAACUAUUAUGUCUUCAAAAUAAUGGUAUGCCGUAUACUCGACAAUGCCAAGGUGACUUUUUACGUGAAGCAUAUUGGUAUAAACUUACUCAGCAAGUCCUUUGUAAAAAAACUAAAAAUAUUACGAACAUUCUGUUUAAUAUAUACAACUCAAAUUUUCAUAUCUUUGAUCCAGAACAAGUUUUAAAAAAAGUUAUUGACGUCAUUUCUGAAAAUGAUAAUUUACUAAUUGCUUUAGAUAUACAUAUAAUUUCCAAAAUUAUAAAACUAAAUUUCAAAAGGCUUACGUUACUAAAUUCGAAGAUUUCUAAGAUAAAUAUUGGCACUGUUACAUGGAAAAAUGCAAUUUGUGCAGUUAUAAAAGUUUACAAUUCCCUAACAGAUAUUAAAACGGAGGUUUUAAGGAUGUCAGCCAAAUUUAACUCAACAAACAAAUUAUUGGAGUCUUUUGAACAGUCAAUUGACACUCUUUCAAUUUUAUCGUUGUCAAAUAAAACAAUGUCUCGUGGUAAAGAUUUUGGCUUUAUAUUUAAUAAUGAUAUUAUAGACUAUCAAGACAUUGGGGUGUCGGUAAAAAUUUCGAAAAAUCUUUUAUAUUUCUUAAUUAACCCAAUUAUUGCUAAUGUUUCUGGAAUAGCUUUGUUUUCAAAAAAACGUUCUGGAAAAUUAUCUCAAAAAUCAUUAAUUCAUGAAAAAUAUCGUUUUCUGCAAUCGAAUCAUGAAACAAGUGACUUUUUCAAUGAACCAAACCUACAACUUGGCGUAUAUCUACCCGAAAAUCUUCUUAGCCGCAUAAAAUCAUGUCCAGAUUUUUCAAAAUCGAUAUAUAAAAGCGUCCCUCUAAUUAUUUUUAAGGUAUACUCUAAUGACAAGCUUUUUCAACAGAACAAUAGGAAAAAAAAUUAUCUCCAGUCGUAUAAUAUCAAUAUCAAUACCUGGGUACAGUGCGAAGCUUCCCGUACCAAUUCCUCUUAUUAUACGGAAAAAUAAAAGCCACAAGCUAAGCAGUUCAGACUCUUGCCACUACUGGAAUUAUAGAAAUUGGGCAAACGAUGGUAUAACGAUGGUGGAGAAAUCUGGA